AUGUAACCAGAGAGUGCCAAAAUAAAACUAGCCAGUCGUCUCUUCGAUAGAGGGAAACCACCGUAAAGUAAUACGAAUGAAAGACCACUUACUGCAAAGAUAGCAAUCAGAGCAUAGAUGAAUAUGACUAUGACAAAGAUUGAGAAGGCUCCGGAUAAAUUGCCUUCGAUUCACGAAGAACGUAGUAUAUCUUAUCAAAAAUCGGGAGGAGUAGGUCUAAAUCAAACUCGAGGGAAAUCAUAGAACAACAAUGACUCAUUCCCAAAGCAUAAUAGAACCUUUGAUUUAACAAGUGACAUCUUCUAGGAUGAGAGACGGUUAUUAAAGUCUCGUCAGGUUCAUGAGUUGAUGGAUCGUAUGAUUGGAAGAGCAAAACCUCCAAGUCCGCCAAAGGAAGCUUAGAAGAUUGUAUAAGUGUUGCCAAGUAACAUCUUGGAUAAUACUCGCAUGACUAUGACUAGGGAUGCUAAGACAGCUCCAAGAAAGACCAUUCGAACAUAAUAAAUGAGGAAAGAGAUUUUAAAUAAAACCUCCAUGUCUUAGGUUUCAGAUAGUUCAGAAGAUUCAAGUGAGGAGAAUGGUAAUUUCGGAUUGAAAGAUGUCGAUGCAUUUAUUCAAAUGAUCAAGGAACACAAAUUGAGUUAGCAGGAAUUCAUGUAUUUGAUAAAAAGGAAGAAACAUUCAAAUGAUGCUUACAAUAUGAGGAUAGUGAAUUAUCCAUACAUUCAAAAGCAUUAGCUUAAUAAUUUCUAUACACUUUCAGCCAAGGGAUUGACUAGAUAUGAGAAUAAUAUUACCAUUGAAAGAAAAGAGAUUAAUUUAAUGCAAUUAAAUCAUUAAGGUUUUUUUAAGAAGUUUCGUAAAUGGAAGACUUUGAAGAAAUGGCAAAAGAUAUUACAUUAACAAAGAACUUCUAUUGUUUAAGCUUAGCUUUGUGAAAAGAUGCUGAUUUUGAAUCCAAUUUAUUAAAAAUUAAUAGUUUCACAUAGAAGUUUAUGUUAUGACAUUGAAGCCCUUAGAAUUGUCGAUAUAGACAAGAUAGAAGAAGAAUUGACUGAAAAAAAAGAUUAGUAUUUGAGUCUGCAUGAAUUUAGUGUAUUACAAUAAAAGUAGAGGAAUAGACUAGUUGAGAAAAUCUAGAUUCAAUCUAGGAAGAUGAAAGAAAAUUGUUUAUCAGGACUCAAAACUGUUAUUGAUAAAUUGAGAACACAAAUUAAUUAAGAGAAACAAUCAGAUGAUGAUCAUGUGCCAUUGAAAUUAGAGAAAAAUAUGUCUUAAUCUAAGUAAAUUGAUAGAAAGUAAUAAAUUAUCGAAACUUUUGGAUUUCCAGAAAGAAUGGAUUAUGGUCACAGAGCAUUAAUGAGAACAGAGUUUAUUAAGUUUUUAAGAUUAGCUUAUCUAUUAGAUUUCAUUGCUGUUUAAUCUUUGGGAUAAAUUUACAUUAAAUCAGCAACAGAAUUUGUGGAUAAAUUGAUUAGGGUACAAUAAUGCAGUAAAAAUAACAGAAAACUACCUAAAUUGACUGAAAAUGAUGAGGAGAAAAAAGACCUCUAAGAUUAUGAUCCCAUCUUCACUAUUGAAUUAAGAUUUAAUCCAAUAGAUGGAUAUCUUGAUAUUGAAAGGUAGCAAGUGCCUUGGGAUACUUUAAAUGAAAAUUUGUUGGAUUUUGAUUUGUAAGAGUGUAUUAGAUUGAAGGAAGAGAAGGUACAAACCAUUGAGAAGGUAGAGAGGAAACAGUAGAAUAAUCAAAAUUCAAAUUAAUAGUUAUCUACGGAACCAUAAGAAGAGGUGAUUGAAGAACCUGAGUUUGUAUGUAAAAGAGAGGUACAAAAUCUGUAUGAAACACAAUUGGAAGUACAUCCAUCUAAAAGGGAUUUCCUUAGUCGAAUUCAAGAGGCGUUCUGUGAUGGAUUAGAUUAGAUAUAGGUAAUUGAAAGAUGGAGCAAACAUCCUGAUUUCUUAUAAUAUGUUUAAGCCUUGGAAGAAUGGGAUGAAAUUAUUGGAGAUAAGUGGACAUAGCCUGAUUCUAUUAAUCUGAAUCCUUCAUAUUGGAUUAAAGAACACCCUAUGAACAAUAUAUUCAUGCAUGAGAUUUCUUCGGAAUUGGAUGAAGCAUUUUAAAAGUUGGAGCAUUUCUAAAAGGAAUUCAAUGAAUACCUGAAUUUGAUUUGGAGACAAGAGAAUAGCGAAAUAAAAUAAUUACAAAAUCCAAGGUUGAUAUAUUAAUCAAAGAUAUUUGCAUGUACUUUAAAGAGUGCUUAAUUGAUUGAAAAUAUACUACAAUAGAAAUUGAUACCUCAGGUGGACAUUGGGUUGUACAGAGUCAAGAUUUAAAAUAUUUAGAAGUAAUUGAGUGCUAAAUAAUCAUAAAUACUGGCAUAAUUGGAAGAGCUUUACUUACAAUUGUUUAGGAAUAGAUCUUAUAUAUUGAAGGUGUGGUUAUAAUAAUCAAUAAAAUCAUUAUCUGGUAUGGUUAUCAGAAUUGAAGAAUUUAUUGAAUAGAAGAACUCUGUAGAUCGAAUAACUAAAGAAUUACCUACAAAGAGGGAAGAAAUUGAAACAGCUAUCAGUAUAAUCACUUUGGCUUAAGAUUGUAAACUAUUUUCAAUGAAGAAGGAAGACAAGGACUUAGCAUAAGAAUUGAAUUAUUUAGAGUCUUCUUUGAAUGUGGCAUUGUCGGAAGCAGACAAUAAUACAGCAAAAAAUAUUGAAAGAUUUAAAAAAACAUUGAAAGAACGUAUAGACAAAUUAAAGGGAGAGUGUUUGGAAGUGAGUGAGGCAAUUAAUAAGGAGAAGUUUCUGACCCUAAACACAGAUUUGGUGGAUGCCAUCAAGGAGUUAACUGAGAUAGAUACAAAGACAAAAUAAUUGGAAUAGAGUGCCUAAUUAUACACUCAAUAUGAAGAAAUCCUGUAAUGUUAAGAAUAAGCUCAAUAUGAAAUACUGGAGAAUACAAGAGAAUAAAUAAAUUUGAGAUUAGGAAUGUGGCAAGGGAUUCAGGACUUUAGAAAAUUAUCAUAGGAGUGGCAACAAUUAUAAUUCACAUCUAUUAAUGCCAAAGAAAUAGCUUAGAAGACUGAAGGAUUCGUUAGGAUUGUACAAAGAUGCGAGAAGAAUUUGUAAGAAAAUAGAGUGAUUGCCUAUUUGAAGAAGAUUGUGUGGGAAUUCAAAGAUACUAUUCCAGUAGUGACAGCACUACGUUCUCAAUAUUUGUAAUAAACACAUUGGUAAGAAAUAAAAUAACUGGUCAGAUAGGAAUUCGAUAUAAAUGAUCAAUAAUUUACACUGAACACUUUGUUGGAUUUGAAUGUAGCACAACAUAAUGAGUAGAUCACUGAGAUUGCUGUGAAAGCAGCUUAGGAGGACUCACUUAAUACUCAAUUAAAACAGUUGGAGACACAAUGGAAUGAAGUGGAAUUGAAGUUGAAACCUUAUAAGGAUCAAUUGGAUGUUAUGGUUUUGGGAGAAGUGGAAGAGUUAGUUCAAUUAUUUGAUGAAGGUUUGGCAAAUAUGUCUAAUAUACUUGCUAGUCGUUAUGUCAGACCUUUGAGACAGAGAGCUGAGAAAUUCUAAUCUGAUUUAUUAUUGUUAUCAGAUAUUAUUGAGAAGUGGGUUGAAUGUUAAAAAAAGUGGAUGUAUUUGGAGAGUAUUUUUAGUAGUUAAGAUAUCAAGAAAUAACUAUCUAAUGAAUCAUAGUAAUUUGAUAGUUGUGAUAGAAUAAUAAAAAAGUUAAUCAAGCAGGUCAAUCUAAGACCUUAGAUUAUGAGAUUGUUGGCUAUGUAAAAUAUGCUAGACAACUUAACUAAAACAUUGGAGACUUUGGAAUAAAUAGAGAAGUCUUUGGAAGAUUAUCUAGAAGUAAAAAGAGGAUCAUUCCCAAGAUUCUACUUUUUAUCUAAUGAUGAAUUAUUAGAAAUACUAUCUAAAUAAACUGACAUUAAUUCAGUCCAAUCUCAUUUAGGAUAAUGCUUUGAAGCAUUGGUCAAACUAUAUUUUGGUGAUUAACCAAAUGUUAUUCAAGGAAUUUAUUCUUCAGAUGGUGAGUUAGUCCAAUAUUAUAAAUCUAUACCUGCUAGAGGAAAUGUUGAAACUUGGUUGCAUUUGCUAGAAUUGGAAAUGGUUGAGUCAUUACGUAAAUUAUGUAAGCAAGGAUUACAUGACUAUUUGAAUGGAAUGCAAAAGACAAAAACAGAUUGGAUACUUAAUCAUAAAUCCUAGAUUGUAGCCGUUGUUAGUUAAAUACUUUGGUCAAUCAACACAGAAGAUGCAAUCAAUGAAUCAAGUACCAAAGCAAAUGCACUUUACGAGUGGCAUGAUAUGAUGGAAAUACAAUUAAAAUAACUCACAGCAUUAGUCAGAGGAGAUUUGACAGUUGUUUAACGGAAAACUAUAGUUUCAUUAAUUACUACAGAUGUUCAUAAUAGAGAUAUAGUUAUGAAGUUGGCUGAUAAUAGCAUCGAAACAGCAUCGGAUUUUUAAUGGUAAUAAUAAUUAAGAUAUUAUUGGGAUGAUGAAUACGAUGAUUGCUUAGUUAAAUAAGUUACUAGUGUAUUUCAUUAUGGAUACGAAUAUUUGGGACCAACAAGUAGAUUGGUUAUCACACCACUUACGGAUCGUUGUUGGAUUACAAUUACGUCAGCCUUAACGAAUUAAUUAGGUGCAGCCCCAGCAGGACCAGCAGGGACAGGAAAAACAGAAUCAACGAAAGACUUAGCCAAAUGCUUGGGAAGAUAUUGCAUAGUGUUUAAUUGUUCAGAUUAAAUUACUGCUGCCACUAUGAAUAAGUUAUUCAGUGGUUUAGCCUAAUAAGGAGCAUGGGCUUGUUUAGAUGAGUUCAACAGAAUUGAUAUAGAAGUGCUAUCAGUCAUAGCAUAAUAGUUGUUGACAAUUCGUAUUGCUUAAUUGUAAUCAUUGACUGAAUUCUUAUUUGAUGGUCGACACAUCUAAUUAAAGAAUACUUAUGGAGUAUUCAUCACUAUGAAUCCAGGAUAUGCAGGAAGAACUGAAUUGCCUGACAAUUUGAAAUCACUCUUCCGUCCUGUGGCUAUGAUGAUUCCAGAUUAUAGGUUGAUUGCAGAAAUUAUGUUAUUUGCUGAAGGAUUUGAAAAUGCAAAUGAUUUAUCAAGCAAGAUGGUUUAGUUAUAUAAAUUAUCAUCAUAAUAAUUGUCAUAAUAAGAUCAUUAUGACUUUGGUAUGAGAGCAGUCAAAUCCUUACUAGUCAUGGCUGGUUCAUUAAAGAGAGCAGAUACAACCAUCCCUGAAGAUAUUGUAUUAAUUAAGGCCAUGCGUGAUGCCAACAUUCCGAAGUUUUUAAAAGAUGACAUCCCAUUAUUUAUGGCUCUAAUUUAAGAUCUAUUUCCUAAAGUUGAGAUAGCCAAUUCAUCAUUCGAGUUCCUAGAGUAGUAGUUAAAUAAAAAAUGCCGAUAAUUCAAAUUGUAAAUCAUACCAAGUUUUAUAACUAAAAUGUUGCAGUUGUUUGAUACUCAAAAUGUAAGAUUUGGGACUAUGAUUGUUGGAGGUAGUGGAUCUGGCAAGACUAAUUGUUAUCAGAUUUUGGCUGAAACACUAACUGAUAUCAAAGUUUAGAAUUUAUCAUAGGAUCCCAGAUUCUAAGAAUUAUAAUAUGUUAUAUUAAAUCCAAAGUCAAUUUCAAUGGGAGAACUUUAUGGCGAGGUAGAUCCUUUUACAAAUGAAUGGCAAGAUGGUUUAGCAAGUUCUAUCAUCAGAGAGUGUAAUAACAGCAAGGAGAGACAUUGGAUUGUGUUUGAUGGACCUGUUGAUGCAUUGUGGAUUGAGAAUAUGAAUUCAGUCCUAGAUGAUUCAAUGACUUUGUGUUUGGCCAAUUCAGAAAGAAUUAAGUUGAGACAUGAGUUGAGAAUGCUAUUCGAAGUCCAGGACUUGUCAGUUGCCUCUCCUGCCACUGUAAGUAGAUGUGGGAUGGUCUAUAUGACUGUUUAGGAUAUCAAUUGGUACAAUUAUGUGGAGAGUUGGAUUGAGGAGACUUUCUCAGAUUAGGAAAAGGGUCAGAUCAAAUGUUGCAAUCAAGUAAGGGAAAAGCCAAAGAAAUUACUUCAAAUAGAACCCAAACAUUUGGAUUUGAUAAGGAAUUUGUUUAAACUUUAAUAUAAAUUUCUAUAGGAGAAGCUUGGAAACCUAGAUGAACCAUUUGUAACAAUAGAAUUAUAGAGAGUGAAGAGUGUUUGCAAUAUAUUAACUUACUUUUUGAAGUCCAUUUUGGUUUAGAAAUCUGCUGAUAUAUUAAAAUAAAUUACAGCUGUAUUCGCAUACAGUUGUAUUUGGGGAUUGUGUGCAUCAUUCGAAUAGAAAUAUUAUGAUAAGGUACAUUAUUUUAUAUUAUUUCAACUGUCGUUAUUUUGCAGUGGAUUUAGCCCCCCUUUGUUUAAGUUUAUAAAUAAAUGGGAUUAGGUACCUGCAGAAAUUAACUCCUAGAUAUUACUAUUAGGAACACAACAUUAUUAACAUCCAUAUAUAUAUAUUAUUACUUCCCCUUAAUUAUUAUUUUAGAUUGCCACUUAUGUCAAAGACCAAUUUCAAUCGUUACUCUAUCCCAAAGGUGAUACCAUAUUUGAUUUCUAUGUUGAUGGAAAUGACUUCACAACAUUAUAAUCAUGGGAAUCUCAGUUAUAAGAAUUUUAAUUUGUAAAGGAUCAAUCAUUCUUCAGUAUUGUUGUUUAAACAGUAGACACCUUGAAAUUUCAAUACAUCAUCCAAUUAUUAAUUAGGGAAUAAAUACCUACUUUAAUUACAGGAUAGACUGGUGUUGGUAAGUCUAUGCUAGUCUAAUCAUUGCUUUUCGAGAUGAAGUUAAAUGAGAAGGUGUAACCAGUACUUUUGAAUUUCUCGGCAUAGACAAAAUCAAAGUAAACCUAAUUGGCUAUAGAAUCUAAAUUAAUUAAAAAGGGCAAAAUAUUGUUUGGAGCAAGAGUAAAUGAAUAAAUAGCUAUUUUUAUUGAUGAUAUCAAUAUGCCAGCUUUAGAAAAGUAUGGUGCUUAGCCCUGUAUUGAACUUCUGAGAUAGAUGAUAGAAUUAUAAGGAACUUUCGAUCGUACCAAGUUAUUUUGGAAACAUAUUGAAGAUGUGACUCUAUUGAUUGCUGGUGGACCUCCAGGAGGUGGAAGAAAUCAAUUAUCAUAAAGAUUUGUGAGACAAUUCAAUGUUUUAAUCAUGCCAAAUCAAUCUGAUUCGAUUUUGGAGAUGAUUUAUGGAUCAAUUUUUGAAAGGCUACUUUAACAGCAUUAACUUUAGUGA